UAACCCUUUUGCUUCUUCACUUCAUUUCUUGACAUGGGUGGCGGAGGAGCCAUGAGGACGGUCGCCAAGUUCGCCGCCGCCAGGAUCAGGGGCGUGCCGUCCGUUCACGGUCCUUCGCUGCACACAGCGGCGUCAUGGGACGUGGACGACUGGGAAGUGGCCGACGGCGGCGAAGUGGAGGAGGCUGCGCCGAGGGCGGUGUUGGGGGGCGUCCCUAGCAUUCAGGAGGCAAAGGAAGCCACAACCGAACUCAAACAUGCUAUUCAUAAGAUAUACCUAUCUUCAAAUUGUGCCGAAUGCGACGCUUCUUCUCUGGGUAGUCAAGUCUCAGUUAUGUCAUCUUCUCGUUCAGAGUUGGACAACAAAUCUUGUGUCACUGAGGCUAUCUCAAAUCCUUCAGCUACAAACCCUGCUUUACAUGCUUUUCAAUUGCUUAGUGAAAGUCCAGAGGCCCAGAGUGUGGUGGCUUCUAUUGCUUGUGACCCGAAUAUAUGGAAUGCAAUCGUGCAAAAUCCUGCGCUACAAGAUUUCUUCCAAUCUCAGCAGACAGCUGGUUUUGCAGUAGAGGACCAAAAAGUGGGAGAUUCACCUUAUUCUGAUUCAGUGUAUGGUUUUAUUGAUUCCCUGAAUAUUCUCCAGAAUGUGAAGUUCACCGUAGCUGAAAUGGUAAGCAGCGUGUCAAAUUACUUUCAGAAUAUUUUUGGCUUCUUAACUGGUGAGACAUCUUCUGUGGGAAUCGAUGCUAGAGGAAAUACCAAUGCAAACUUCAUAGAUCCUAUCACUAUGGGAGGAACUUUUAUGGGGUUGGCUGUGUUGGUGGUCAUGGUGAUAAUGCUGAAGCGAGCUUAAACUUCUAGGCACAAAUUACAGUUUAAUGAACUCUCUAUGAUAAAUGUUUUAUCUUUUGCUUGAAUAAAAUUAUGUACAAAACAUGAAAUGCACUUAUGAAAUAAUUUGUGCCUUACCUGUUUU